AUGAAUCAACCCGAAUUGGAUCGGAUUAAUGUGGGAACCCAACUGACGGUUGGCACACAUUCGGUCAAGAUCUUGAAGUACUUGACCUCAGGUGGGUUUGCGCAGAUCUAUGCGGUAGAGAUACUCUCCAUGGGUCUCUUCAAUGGUAGCAAUGUUGCUUGUCUAAAAAGGGUGAAAGUUCCAGAUAAAUUGUCUCUAAACAUUCUGAGGGCUGAGGUCGAUGCAAUGAAACUUCUUGCCAAUAAUAAGCAUGUUGUAUCAUAUAUUGAUUCUCAUGCAACUAGGUCGCCGACAAAUGAUGGAACUUACGAAGUGUUUCUACUGAUGGAAUACUGUGAAGGAGGGGGGUUGAUUGAUUUUAUGAACACUAGGCUUCAAAAUAGGUUAACAGAGCCAGAAAUACUUGAUAUAAUGAGUCAAACCACACAAGGUAUUGCCGUAAUGCAUGCAUUGGUACCACCUCUGCUUCACAGAGAUAUUAAGAUAGAGAAUGUUCUACUGUCGAAGGGAGGUAUCUAUAAGGUCUGUGAUUUUGGAUCAGUCAGUGGUGUAAUAAGGCCUCCAAGAAACCAGCAAGAAUUGUUAUAUGUACAGCAUGAUAUCAUGAAAAAUACCACAGCACAAUACAGAUGCCCUGAAAUGCUAGAUCUGUACCGCGGAUUACCCAUCGAUGAAAAGGCUGAUAUUUGGGCACUGGGUGUUUUUCUGUAUAAACUUUGUUAUUAUACCACACCAUUUGAAAAACUUGGUGAGCCUGCCAUUCUACAUGCUAGAUUUCAAUUCCCUUCCUUCCCGAAUUAUAGUGACAGAUUGAAAAACUUAAUUAAAUCAAUGUUAAGAGAGCAUCCUUCGGAUAGGCCUAAUGUAUGUCAAGUUUUGGAAGAAGUCUCAAGAAUGCAAAACGUCCCAUGUCCAAUAAGAAACUUCUACCUAUUGCGGGCAAUGGAGAAGGUGAAACUAUCAACUGAAAUUGACUACCCACAAUUGCAACUACAGAAAUUAAGGAAUGCACAAGCAGAUAACUUGAGUAAUCCAAUGAUAAAACCUAUGCCUAUUGCACAAAGACCGACCUUUUCAGGGAAUGGAAUGGUUAAUAAUAACAGGACUCUGCCAACCGUAAUGGUCAGCAAUAAUGUCAUUGGUAAUGGAAGUCAAGUCUGGGAUAAUUCAAAGCCACCAGAACCUCAACCAAUUCCACAAUCUAGAUCAUUCGUGAAGUCAAGUACGUUAAUUGGAGCUCCAUUAUCAAAAAGUUGGGGGCAUAAUGAGUUCAAUUUUGGUAGCAUAAGCAAUUCACCGAGUGUAUUUCAAGGAGCGAUUGUGCCGGCUGCUAAUCAAUUGCAAAAUAAAGAUUCUUCUCAUCAACCAAAACCAAGCGGGAUGAUGAAGAAGAAUGAGCAACUACAAGUGACCUCAACGUUUGCUUCAUCACCUAACACCAGAACUAGGACUAACUCCCAAGGCAGCAGUUUAUAUAUACCAACAAGUUCAGAAUACCGGACAAGGCACGUUCAUACCGGCGAUAACAAUAGUUUAAAAAGCUCCAAACUUGAUAGUGAUAAGCUUGAUAUUGCUGUACAGAGAAGUCCUAGCUCAAGAAGUGAUGGUUCUGAUUUUAGAUUGCCAUUGAAUCCCAAUUCUGAGAAACGAAAAUCUAUUCAACUACGUGUGCAGCAUUUAUUAGAUAAUAUGAGUAGUAACGAAGUUAAAAAGUCUGCACAAGGUUACGGUAAAUAUACUGAUGAGCUUUCUUCCACAGGGACUAAUAUUCCUAAAGUGACUCCAGAUUCACCCGUUCUUGCAGAUUUGAUAGAUUUUAAUGAUGUUCCCACCAUUAGAAUACCAUCAGAUAAAAAUCAGCUUUCAAAAAGUGGUAAAAUUAAGCCUGCACCUCCACCCAAGCCCAAAAAACUGCGCUCAAACAAAAAGAUUUCCACUCUGAGUGCGUUGAGACUAGAACCCAAGCAAAAUGACCGCAUCACGAGUGAUGCAACUGAUGUUUUAAUGCACUUAAACGUUGAUGACUUAGAGGAAGACUUCAAGAGAAGAUUUCCUAGCGCUGUGUAA